AUGGACAUCGCUCGCUACUUCAUCGCUGCGUUGCUGGGCCUCUCUCUCCUCACCGCCAUCUCUUCGGCGGACACCUCCAUCGUCGCCUACGACUGGCACGUGACCUACAUCUCGUCGGCCUGCGACGGCGUCCACAUGACCAGUUACGGUAUCAACGGCAACUCGUCCAACUACGCGCUCAUCGAGGUCGAGCUGGGCCAAACCGUCCAAGUGACCGUCACCAACGAGCUCGACGAGCCCACGUGUCUGCACUGGCACGGCCUCCAGCAGCUCGGAACCCAAGAAAUGGACGGCACCUCGGACAUCACCCAAUGCGGCAUUGCUGCGGGCGGGACUGCAGUCUACACGACCGUCGUCCACGCCCCAGCGGACCAACAGCAGUCCUGGGAGCAGGAGGUCGCUGCCGAGUACACGCUGCAGCUCGCCGACCUGUACCACGCGUCGCCCGGCGUCGUGCCCAUGUGGGACAGCAUCGUUAUCAACGAUCUCGGUCGCUACAACUGCACGGCGGCGGCGUCCCACGGCUACUCGGAGUGCAACUCGGACCAGCCUCUGUCUCGGUUCAAGUUUGAAGCCGGCAACAAGUAUCGCCUCCGCCUCAUCAACAUGGCUGCGUUGGCGCCGAUCGAGUUCAGCAUCGACGGCCACGAGUUGUCGGUCGUUGCAGCCGACAGCGAGUACAUCGAGCCGUCCGAGCAGAUCACCACGCUGCGCAUCAACGCUGGCCAGCGCUACGACAUCAUCGUGGAGGCCAAAGCCGCUUCAGGCAGCGCCAUCGGAUCGUUCUGGGUUCGAGCCACGGGAUUGUACGGACUUCCGUGGACGGCGGGCACUGCGACCGUCGCUGGCGACGGAUUCAACUACCAAGGCCACGGUGAUAUCUACAACGAAGACGACGACGUAGACGACCCGACCUCGUCCGACUGGACGGAGACCACGACCAUCAACGAGUUCGAGUUCACGCCGCUCGAGGUGUCCGUGCUUCCGACUGUGCCGUCCGACCGCCCAGUCCUUGAGUUCGACUUCCGUCGUGGUCUCGGGUACUUCUCGAUUGACGGAGCGGAUUAUCUGCACUUUGCCGCUCCAGAGGAACCGCCGCUCUUCACUAUCGCUGCCGGUUUGAAGACGGAGGAGCUCCCAGCUACGACGCUGGCUCGCAAGAUUGAGUACGGCAAGCACAUUGAAGUGCACCCGUUCCACAUGCACACGCACUCGCCCUGGGUCGUUGGCAGUGGAACCGCGUCACUGUCGGACAUUCAAGCGGGGAACCUCAACCUCAAACUGUCUGGAGCCAUGAAACGUGACGUCUACACGAUCCCGCCCUGCGAUACCGACGAUAGCGGAGCGUGCACGAACCACGGAUACGUCAUGCUCCGCUUCACAGCUGACAACCCCGGGGUCUGGAUCAUCCACUGCCACAUCGACUGGCACCUUGAUGCUGGACUGGCGAUGGUGCUGGUCGAAGGGGAGGACGAACUCCAAGCGGCAGGCGUCGGUGCCUUUGCCAACAGCAUUCUGAGUGUCUGCGGCACCGAGUUUACCAACUCGACGUCUUCCAACUCCACCGCCUAG